AUGGGUAGUAGCAGUUCAAAUACAGAUUCAGAAAUAAGUGAGUCAGAGAAGUAUGAUUACAUGGAGAGGUACUAUGAUGAAAUCAAAGCUGGGAAAUACAGGACCAAGAAUUCAAAUGCCACCUUGAGGUGCCCUUUCUGUGAAGGCAAAAAGAAGCAAGAGUUUCAGUUUAAAGAUCUUCUUCAACAUGCUUCUGGAAUAGGAACAGGCUCAGCAAAAAGAAGCAUGCAAGUCAGGGUUAAGCACCUUGCAUUGGCAAAAUACUUGAAAGAGGAUGUCAGCACUGAGUUGGAUAUUGUUGUUAAGCCUCCUCAGUUGGAAGUGGCCAAUGAGGAACCAAUCAUAGAAGAGAGGUUUGUUUGGCCUUGGAAAGGGAUUGUAGGUAGCAUAUUCAGGAAGCCAAAGAAUGAGACAGAAGAGUAUUGGCUGAAAAAGUUUGAACUGUAUAAACCAAAAGAAGCUCAUGUGCUGCAUCAUGGUAAAGAUGAUCCUAGAGGAUAUGUUGUGCUGGAAUUUGGAACAGAAUGGACAGGCUACAGGCAAGUGAUGAAGUUAGACACAGAUUUUCAAACUGAUUGUCAUGGAAAGAAGGACUGGGACUCACAGAUGGAGUGGCCUGGUUCAGAUUUGUAUGCUUGGAUUGGAGGAGCUGAGGACUACAACUCAAAAGGGGUUGUUGGUGAUUAUCUUCGUGAGAAGGCAGUGCUGAAAACAGUUUCUGAGGUUUCACAAGAUGCAUCGAAAGAACAGACUAAAAAAGUGGCCAAUUUGGUUGGGGAAAUAGAGUCUACAAACAUGAAUAUUUGUGAAGUGGAAACUAAUUACUCUGAGAGAAGCUUGUCAUUGAUGAACAUAAUGGCAGAGAGGGAGAAACUUCACCAAGAUCGUAUUGAAGAGAUGCAGAGGAUGGAACAGAAUGCACGUGAACAUGCUAGAAGAAUAAUAGAAGAGACUGAAAAUUUAAAGAACCAAAUUUAUACAAGGAAUGAUGAACUUGCUCGCUUGGGUCAGCAACUGAGUGAAAAGGAGAAGUCAACUAUACAUGAGAGAAGAAAAUUUGAGGAACAAAAGAAAAAGAAAACAGAAUCACUAAUUUUAGCAUCAGAGGAGCAGGUGAAGGCCAAAGAUGAUAUGGCUGAGUUGCUUAAGAAACACAAGAUGGAGGAAAAGGCUAUGAGAGAUACACUUUUGAAGCUGGAGAAAGAUCUGAAUGAUGAGCAUAAGCUGAAGUUAGAGAUUGCUGAACUAGAAGGGCAACUGAAGGUUUUGAAGUGUAUGAAUGUGAUGGGAGCUGAUUCUGAAAAGGGUAAAAUUAGUAAGAAAGAAAUAGAAGAGAUGGAAGAAAAACUGCAGGAGAUGAUUGAGGACAUGUCUGAAAAAGAAGAUUUUAAUCAAGUUCUCGAGAUGAAAGAACAAUUAGCUAAGAGGGAACUAGAAGAUGCUCGACAAGAAUUCAUUGCAGUGUUGCCAAAGCGUUUGAAAAGGUUCACCUCUAUUGGAGUGAAGAAAUUUGGCGAGAUCAAUGCUCAACCAUUUCAAAAGGUGCGCAAGAAUAAAUAUAAAGGUAAAGCAUCAUUGGAGUCUGCUAAACAACUACACUUGAAGUGGCAAAACGAAAUACUAGAUUCAACUUGGAACCCUUUCAAGAUUAUUGAAGUUGAAGGGGGGAGAAAACAGAAAGUAAUUGAUGAAGAUGAUGAGAAACUGCUAGCUUUAAAGGAAGAUCUUGGAGAGGAGGUUUAUGUAGCUGUGGUGACUGCUUUGAAGGAGUUGGUGGAUGAGGAAGAUUCUUCAUCUUCAGACAGUGGAAAGAACACUCUCAAUCCAAGUGGGAGGAGAAGUAUCAAAACUGAGCUUUGGAACUUCAGAACUGGACGUAGAGCCACUGUAACAGAAGCCAUUGCUUAUGCAAAACGUGGUGUUAAGAAAUGAGGUGAUGGUUGGUGAGUGGCGAGUCCAAAUGCAGCUAACUAUUUUACUACCAUUUUGCUUUUUGUGCAGCGCAAACUAUUAAGUGCUAAUGCUAUAUUUCAGUUGGGUGUUCUUAGGGAGUUUGAAAGAUAUGGUUAAUUUUGUGAUGUU